ACAUCCACCAUUUUGUUGCUUCAUUACAAUUUUUUCCAGACUCUUCCUUAUAGAGAGAGAAAGAGAGAUUAUUCACUAUUGAGAUCUAGAGAGAGAGACGUACUACGAUUCAGAGAUUAAUUUCUGGUCGAUCUAUGCAAACGAAGCAAAAAUCUUCGAUCAAUUGUGGAGGAUUUGUUGCGUUGAUAUUUGAUCCAGGUUAUGAUUAUGAGCUGGCUUGAUAAGUUACGGUCUUCUUCUAAUCUCAGCCGCUUCAUUGCCGGCCUUCUUAUCUUCAUGCUGUAUCAUUCAUCUCAAUUAAUUUCUAAUUUCUUAAUUCCUAUACAACCGUAAUUUACUUCCCAAUCACCUUCCUUCUCUGUUUUUUUCCUCUGUUCAAAAACAUUCACUCUUCUCUCCCGAUUUAAACAACGUCGGCGUUUUUGUUCACGGAUUUCAUGGAAAUCAAAGAUGAUUCUGGUUCCAGCAAUUUAUUUGACGGCAUUUUACCACCCCGCUUAGGUAGGCUGCAUAGUUCAGCUCCGUCUGUAAUUGUAAUUGGUGGAGGUAUCUCAGGGAUAGCUGCUGCGCGUUUCCUUCACAAUGCAUCUUUUAAGGUUCUCUUAUUGGAGUCACGGGAUAGACUGGGUGGUCGCAUACAUACCGACUACUCAUUUGGUUGCCCAGUUGAUAUGGGAGCAUCAUGGCUCCACGGGGUGUGUGAUGAGAAUCCGUUGGCUCCAUUGAUACGUCGAUUAGGGCUCACCCUAUAUCGCACUAGUGGUGACAACUCAGUGCUGUAUGACCAUGACUUAGAAAGUUACAUGCUGUUUGACAUGGAUGGUCAUCAAGUUCCUCAAAACACAGUUGUUCAAGUUGGAGAAGUUUUCAAGAAAAUCCUCAGCGAGACUGAGAAAGUGAGGAAUGAGCAUAGUCAUGACUUGUCAGUUCUUCAAGCAAUAUCUAUUGUACUGGACAGACAUCCAGAAUUGAGGCAAGAAGGACUUUCCCAUGAGGUGUUGCAAUGGUACAUAUGCAGAAUGGAGGCAUGGUUCGCUGCAGAUGCAGACACGAUCUCUCUGAAAACCUGGGAUCAGGAACAAGUUCUAACUGGUGGUCAUGGUCUUAUGGUGCAAGGUUACAACCCAGUCAUAAAGGCCUUAUCAAAAGACAUUGAUAUCCGUUUAAAUCACAGGGUCAAGAGGAUUACAAAUGGGUAUAACAAGGUGAUGGUUACAGUUAAGGAUGGGAGAAAUUUUAUUGCAGAUGCUGCUAUUAUAACUGUGCCUCUAGGUGUUCUGAAAGCCAACUUGAUUGAGUUUGAGCCAAAACUGCCAGAAUGGAAACAAUCUGCAAUAGCAGAUCUUGGUGUAGGCAAUGAAAACAAGAUUGCAUUACGAUUUGAUAAUGUAUUUUGGCCAAACGUGGAAUUGUUAGGUGUUGUUGCACCCACUUCAUAUGCUUGCGGUUAUUUUCUUAAUCUCCACAAGGCAACAGGACAUCCGGUCCUUGUUUACAUGGCUGCUGGAAGACUUGCUUGUGACCUCGAGAAAUUAUCAGACGAAUCUGCUGCUGAGUUUGCAAUGUUGCAGUUGAAGAAGAUGUUCCCUGAUGCCACUAAGCCUGUUCAGUAUCUUGUAUCUCACUGGGGUACGGAUCCAGACACCCUUGGAUGUUAUUCUUAUGACUUGGUUGGAAAACCAACGGAUGCUUACGAUAGGCUUCGGGCACCAAUUGGUAAUCUAUUCUUUGGAGGGGAAGCAGUGAGCAGUGAUGAUCAUCAAGGGUCGGUUCAUGGGGCGUAUGAAGCUGGAAUUAUGGCUGGUGAAACGUGCCGCCGACAUCUCAUCAAAAGACAUGGAAGUCUGGAAAUGGUUCAGGCUGUUUCCUCUAGGGAGGAGACCCUUGAAGCAGCAGUUCCUCUCCAAAUCUCAAGAAUGUGAUAUAUCUUCUCUGAAUUUGCAAGUUACAUUUCAAGUAACUUAUGUAGUGUGUUCCAGUUUGUACUAUUACCUUGUAUGAAUAAAUUAACGAUUAUGUCUCCGUGCAACUGAAAUAUUCAAACUAUAUAUAUAUAUCAGACUUUUUAAUUGACCA